GCGCAAGCAGAACCUGCCUGGGUCAGCCGAGCAGAGCCCGGAGCUCCGGCGGCGCGGGGGGAGGGGAGGGGGCGCGAACGAGGCCGGGCGCGAGGAGCGGAACCCCGACUUCCCAAACGCCCUGCUCGGUGACCAGAAGCCCACGAGGCGAGGCUCCGUGCCGGCCACCCACCCAGGACCCCGAGGAAGAGCAGGCCAGGAUGGUUGCUGCUGGGAGGAAGGGCUCCUCUCUCAGGGCUGUGCUGACCAUCAUCUGUCUCAUCCUGAGAUCCUUUCCUGGAGCCACCUCCACAGUGGCCACUGAGUGUCCUGACCAGAGCCCUGAGCUGCAGCCCUGGAACCCCGGCCAUGACCCGGACCUUCAUGUUUAUAUCGGGUGGGGAAAGAUGCUGCUACUCACCUCUUCUGCCACAGUCCACUCCAUCAGCAUCUCAAAUGGAGGCAAGCUGGUCAUUAAAGACCACCAGGAGCCCAUUGUUUUACGGACCAGGCACAUCCUGAUUGACAACGAAGGAGAACUGCAUGCUGGGAGUGCCCUCUGCCCUUUCCAGGGCAAUUUCAGCAUCGUGUUGUAUGGAAGGGCUGACGAUGCAGGUGCUGAACCGGACCCUUACUACGGCCUGAAGUACAUUGGUGUCGGAAGAGGAGGCACCCUUGAGCUGCAUGGACAGAAAAAGCUGUCCUGGACUUUUCUCAACAAGACGCUUCGUCCGGGAGGCAUGGAGGAGGGAGGCUAUUUUUUUGAAAGGAGCUGGGGCCACCGUGGCGUCAUUGUUCAUGUCAUUGACUCAAAGUCAGGCUCAGUCAUCCACUGUGACCGAUUUGACACCUACAGAUCCAAGAAGGAAAGUGAACGCCUGGUCCACUAUUUGAACGCAGUGCCUGAUGGCAGGAUCCUGUCUGUCGCAGUGAACGAUGAAGGCUCUCGACAUCUGGAUGACCUGGCACGGAAGGCAAUGACCAAACUGGGCAGCAAACACUUCCUACACCUGGGAUUCAGACACCCUUGGAGUUUCAUCACUGUAAAAGGAAACCCCUCUUCCUCAGUCGAAGACCACAUUGAGUAUCAUGGACACGGGGGCUCUGCAGCCGCCCGAGUUUACAAACUGUUCCAGACGGAGCAUGGUGAACACUUUAAUGUUUCUUCAUCCAGCGAGUGGGUCCAAGAUGUGGAGUGGACCGAAUGGUUUGACCAUGAUAAAGUGUCUCAGACUAAAGGUGGGGAGAAAAUUUCAGACCUCCGGGCAGCUCACCCAGGAAAAAUCUGCAACCGUCCCAUUGACAUACAGGCCACAACAGUGGAUGGCGUUGACCUCAGCACUGAAGUUGUCUACAAGAAGGGCCAGGAUUAUAGGUUUGCCUGCUAUGACCGCGGCCACGCCUGCCAGAGCUACCGUGUGCGGUUCCUGUGUGGGAAGCCUGUGAGGCCCAAACUCACGGUCAUCAUCGACACCAACGUGAACAGCACCAUCUUGAGUCUGGAGGAUGAUGUGCAGACGUGGAAGCCAGGAGACACACUGGUUGUUGCCAGCACAGACUACUCCAUGUACCAGGCGGAGGAGUUCCAGGUGCUCCCUUGCAAAGCCUGCACUGCCAACCAGGUCAAAGUGGCAGGGAAACCGCUGUACCUGCACAUUGGGGAAGAGAUAGAUGGCAUAGACAUGCGGGCCGAGGUGGGGCUCCUAAGCCGGAACAUCGUGGUGAUGGGGGAGGUGGAAGACAAGUGCUACCCCUACAACAACCACGUCUGCAACUUCUUUGACUUCGAUACCUUCGGAGGUCACAUCAAGUUCGCACUGGGCUUUAAGGCAGCACAUCUGGAGGGCGUGGAGCUCAAGCACAUGGGGCAGCAGCUGGUGGGCCAGUACCCAAUUCACUUCCACCUGGCUGGAGACGUGGAUGAGAAAGGAGGCUACCACCCACCCACAUACAUCAAGGACCUCUCCAUCCACCACACGUUUUCCCGCUGUGUCACUGUCCACGGCUCUAAUGGCCUGUUGAUCAAGGACGUUGUGGGGUACAACUCCUUGGGCCACUGCUUUUUCACGGAAGAUGGGCCGGAGGAGCGCAACACUUUCGACCACUGCCUUGGUCUCCUUGUGAAGUCUGGAACCCUACUCCCCUCUGACCGUGACAGCAGGAUGUGCAGGGCAAUCACAGAUGACUCCUACCCGGGAUAUGUCCCCAAGCCCCGGCAGGACUGCAACGCUGUGUCCACCUUCUGGAUGGCCAAUCCCAACAACAAUCUCAUCAACUGUGCAGCUGCCGGAUCUGAGGAAACCGGAUUUUGGUUCAUUUUCCACCAUGUUCCCACGGGCCCCUCCCAGGGAACCUACUCCCCAGGCUACUCAGAACACAUUCCCCUGGGAACAUUCCACAACAACCGCGCACAUUCCAACUACAGGGCUGGCAUGAUUAUAGACAACGGAGUCAAAACCACAGAGGCCUCAGCCAAGGAUAAGCGGCCUUUCCUCUCCAUCAUUUCUGCUAGGUACAGCCCCCACCAGGACGCUGACCCACUGAAGCCCCGGGUGCCGGCCAUCAUUAAGCACUUCACUGCCUACAAGAACCAGGACCACGGUGCCUGGCUGCGUGGCGGGGACGUGUGGCUGGACAGCUGCAAGUUUGCCGACAAUGGCAUUGGCCUGACCCUAGCCAGUGGUGGGACCUUCCCCUAUGAUGACGGCUCCAAGCAGGAGAUAAAGAACAGCCUGUUUGUUGGCGAGAGCGGCAAUGUGGGCACAGAAAUGAUGGACAACAGGAUCUGGGGCCCAGGUGGCUUGGACCACAGUGGAAGGACCCUCCCUAUUGGCCAGAAUUUUCCAAUUAGAGGAAUUCAGUUCUACGAUGGCCCUGUCAACAUUCAGAACUGUACCUUCCGUAAGUUCGCAGCCCUGGAGGGCCGUCAUACCAGCGCUCUGGCCUUCCGCCUAAACAACGCCUGGCAGAGCUGCCCACACAACAAUGUGACCAAUGUUGCCUUUGAGGAUGUCCCGAUUACUUCCAGAGUAUUCUUCGGAGAGCCCGGGCCCUGGUUCAACCAGCUGGACAUGGAUGGGGACAAGACCUCGGUGUUCCACGAUGUGGAUGGUUCUGUGUCUGAGUACCCCGGCUCCUACCUCACCAAGGACGACAACUGGCUGGUGCGGCACCCGGACUGCAUCAACGUCCCGGACUGGAGAGGAGCCAUCUGCAGCGGGCGCUACGCACAGAUGUACAUUCAGGCCUACAAGAGCAGCAACCUGCGGAUGAAGAUCAUCAAGAACGACUUUCCCAGCCACCCGCUCCACCUGGAGGGGGCCCUGGCCCGGAGCAGCCACUACCAGCAGUACCAGCCUGUUGUCACCCUGCAGAAGGGCUACACCAUCCACUGGGACCAGACGGCCCCUGCAGAGCUGGCCAUCUGGCUCAUCAACUUCAACAAGGGCGACUGGAUCCGAGUGGGGCUUUGCUACCCCCGGGGCACCGCCUUCUCCAUCCUCUCCGAUGUGCACAAUCGCCUGCUGAAGCAAACGUCCAAGACCGGCACCUUUGUGAGGACCUUACAGAUGGACAAGGUGGAGCAGAGCCACCCUGGCCGGAGCCACUACUACUGGGAUGAGAGUUCAGGGCUGCUCUUCCUGAAGCUCAGAGCCCAGAACGAGAGGGAAAAGUUUGCCUUCUGCUCCAUGAAAGGCUGCGAGAGAAUAAAGAUUAAAGCCCUGAUCCCGAGGAACGCAGGUGUCAGCGACUGCACGGCUGCUGCCUACCCCAGGUUCACCGAGAGGGCCCUGGUGGACGUGCCCAUGCCCAGGAAGCUCUUUGGGGCUCAGCUGAAGACAAAAGACCAUUUCCUGGAAGUGAAGAUGGAGAGCUUCAGGCAGCACUUCUUCCAUCUUCGCAAUGACUUUGCUUACAUGGAGGUAGAUGGGAGAAAGUACCCCAGCACAGAGGACGGCAUCCAGGUGGUGGUGGUGGAUGGGAGCCAGGGGCACGUGGUGAGCCACGCGAGCUUCAGGACCUCCAUUCUGCAGGGUGUCCCACGGCAGCUCUUCAACUACGUGUCGGCUAUCCCUGACAAUUCCAUAGUUCUCAUGGUUUCCAAAGGAAGGUAUGUCACCCGAGGCCCGUGGACCAGAGCGCUGGAAAAGCUAGGGGCAGACAAAGGCCUCAGACUGAAAGAGAAAAUGGCGUUCGUUGGCUUCAAAGGCAGCUUCCGGCCCAUCUGGGUGACUCUGGAAACGGAAGACCACAAGGCCAAAAUCUUCCAAGUGGUGCCCAUCCCUGUGGUGAGGAAGAAGCGGCUGUGAGGACCCAGGCCGCCUUGGUGCCACUGGUGGUGGACUCUGACAGCAGACUCUUGGCAGCAGUGGACCUGGGCAGGACGGCCGGCUCCCCCAGCCCCUGUCCAGCCGCUGCCUGGGAAGCCAAGGCUCCUCCAGCCCCUCUGGUUGCUGCCCGGAAGGCCGAGUCGCAGCCCGGAUGGGCCUAAGGCAGGAUAUGGGAAACCCUUGGUGCUGCCACCUGCCCCUGUCAAGUCUACCUGCAGCCCAGGGCAGAGCUGGCCGGUGCUCUUUCCUGCAGCCUCCUGGGUGCUUCACGAUCUGUGCCUCUUCAGCAGGGGGUGUAGGACCAUCUGAGGAGGAGACCGGAGUGUGUGGUGGCUACAGUCUACUUGGGCAGGAGCCCCGACCCAAGAUAGGGGGUUCUUGGAGGGCUGGGUCACUCACAGAACCCCACAGUUACCAGCAGACAGUUUGGGGGAACAGUAGAAUCAGGGUCCCUGGCCUUGAGGGUGGCUUUAUUCCUGUGAGCCAGGAGCAGCCACAGUGGGAGUGGGAGCUGAGGUGCACAGCUCGUCAAGAUGGAGCCAGCGACCCCAGCGAAGGGAGGAGUCUGGCUCCUGGCAGGGUCUGCUUUUCUGGCUUCAUCUGGCACACUGGGACUUGGACUGGAUGGUCCUCAAAGGCCCUUCAGUUCUAAGGUCCUGGAGUUGGUGGCUCUUCCCAUGGUACCUGGAGAGACCCAGUCUCCAUGACACAUGGGUUGUGGGACACACAGGAUGAGGGGUGAGGCCUGAAGGCUGGGCAUGGGCUGGGCUGGUCAGUGGCCAGGCCUCAGUGUGCUUUGUCGCCGGGCAGGAAACCUGAGAGGCAGAUGGGGAUGAUGCCAUUCAGAGGAGGAAAGAUGGCACCCGCCUGUGGCACUGUGGUGCUCACGGGAGAGAGGGAAGUCACUUAGGUGGCCAGAGAUGAGGUAGCCAGAGUGGCCAGAGUUGGGUGCUCGCCGGGUGCCUUUUGCCCUGCCAGGUGAUCCAUUUAUAACCCGGCCGUGGUGGGGGGGGUGGGGCUGGCCUGCGCCUUAGUGCCCUGCAGAGUUCCGUAUGCAGCAGACCUUCAGCUGGGAGGGCAGAGUCAAGCCCACAGACAUGAGCUCCUGUGCUCUACACCAGAGGCCGGGAAGAGGCCCAGUGCACUCUGAGACCCUAAUGCUCCUAUGCCCUAGUGAGCCUAAGGUUGAGCUGCGAGGGCCUCAGGAACACCUAGUUCAAAGCCUCCAUUCCACCACCGGGGAAAAGGAAUCUCCUGGCUAGAUUGAGCUUCAGGUAGGGCUUGAGGGCCCCAGACACUGUUCACCAUGUUACCCCAUGGCUGGCCAGGGUGCCCUGGGCUCCUUGAGGGAAGAGAAGGAUCAGAAUACACUCUUGAGUAACGCUAUUCUCCUGCUGCCUCUUGUUGUGGUGCUGGCCAACUUUGCCUUCUUUGCUGCCUCCUGGCGCCCUGGGCGCCUCAUGACUGCAGACAUUUCCUCGGUGCUGUUUUUCCACAGCUGUGCAAGUGUAGCCAGUGGGCAGUGCCACCUUCAGCCAAAAUGACUCCUUGAGGGAGACAGGGGGCUGCUGGCCCCAGCGUGGGGCCUCUCAGCUCCCACUCAGCACCACCUUCUCUCUCUCUGGCCUACCCUAAGCCACUUAGAGCCCUGAUAAGGGGCAACCACCCAUGCUCUCACUCGUGAAGCCUCAGGGUCUCAUGAGCUGUAUAUGCUCCUGUCCUACUCAAUCACAACCUCCUUCAGGGCUUGCUUAGCUCCUCUGCUCAGCUUGCUCCGGUGAGGGUCGCUCCCUGGUCCUCCCCAGUUGGAGAUGACACCAGCGAAGCCAUUCCCACUGAGCCAGUCUUCUAGCUGCUGGGAAGGACACACGGGGACCCUGCUUCUGAAGAUGUGGCCGCUUUAAAGGCCAUAACCAUUGGAAGGGCCUCUUCCAGGGAGAGGUCAGAAGGAGGAGAGAUGAGGUGACCGCCUGUGCUGCUUGUCUGCAGCUUCAUGUUUCCAAGCCCUUUCAAUGCAAGGGUUCACACUGAACCCUGGCAGGUGCGAGCACUUUCAAACCACAAUGUUGAAUGUCACGGAGGUCCUUGGAGCUGUACACCACAGCCCAGCAUCUGCACCUAAACCUUCCUUCUAAACCAUCCACCAAGAGACAGUCCGUGUCCAGGCAUUUUUUGAUAGCACAAAUUUCCUUAUUGCUUGGAGAAUUGCUCUCGUUCUUUCUUCCUCGUGUCACAGUUGAAUUAGGCCUUGAAGGCAAACAGUGGUCCUCUGAAAUGCUUUCUUUCAUUGCUGAAAUGUUUGGUUUUCUUUCAGGAGUUGGAUGUACAGUGUGUUUGUGUGUAAACAUUUCUUGUAGGUGUCACCAUGAACAAAGAUAUAUUUUCUAUUUAUUUAUUACAUGUGCCCUUCAAUAAGUCCUUGUUGGAGGACUUAAGUUGUCUUGCACGCUGUCUGAGGAUGUCCUUUGGGCUGCUUGAAUGAAGUUUUGCCCCUGAGCCUAGGACACUGGCCCAGGUUUGGAAAAUCUUGUUGCACAUACACAGUAAACAUAUAAAGAAGGUCACUAUCUCAUCUGCUUGUUUUGUUUUCUACCAACAUAGGCUUCCUUAGUUUUCUUAUGGAAAUAAAAUAAAAUCACCCUCUUCCUUUGAGGGGCGCCUGUCUCCUCCCCGACCCAGGACCUAGCAUAUAUCAUGCUCCCAGACCGUCAGCUUCCAGCUCAGCAGCGGCCAUCUGACUUCCCACAUCCUGCAGAGCCAGGCCCCAUACAUGUGUGAUCAGUGUGUUGAAUGAAUGUACAAGGCAGGCUGUCUCCCUUCUGCCGCCGAAGCCAGGGCCCCACCACAUGAAGUCUAGGUCAGGUGUUACCCAGGGUGAGAGCAACAGAAAACAAUCCUCAUGCAUACAUGCUGGUAAGAAUGGCCCUGGGCACCCUUUCUGAA